ACAGACACCUGCUGACCUGCUUCACCAUUUGUGAAGUGAUUCCCCUGCAGGUGGGGAGCCGGGGGCUCGAACUGGGAGCCUUGAGCCGGUCUGUGCUUUGCCAUGUGCGUUUAACCCGCUGUGCUACCGCCCGGUCUCCUCUCUAUGUCCUCCUGAGCGCACCUCUGUGUAUGAGAGAGACAUUUUUGGGGGAGAGGAAUGACACAUCUGCCAGGUGCACAGGCCGCCAGCCCAUGAAGCAGGAGGUGUAGACCCAGAUUUAGGCAUCUGUUCACUCUGGGGGUGCCCAGGGGCAGCUGAAGCCGCGGGGCUCUCUCCAAAGUAGAAGGUAGGAGUACUUGCGUUCCUGGUAGCAGGGAGCCACCCUCAUCUCUGAAGCCGCGAAUUGCACGGUCAUAACUGUUUUUCACCAGUGCAGCUCUCGUCCUUACUCAGCGAAGGCUUGUCUUCAGAAGUAGUUCCUGUCUGGGUCUGAAACGGGAGCUCACUCCCAGCUUGGCUUCCUUCUUUCCUCUUCUGAUUCCAUCGUCCUUCUUCCUGGAAAAGUGCUUCUGAGGAGACCGUGAGCAGCUCGCCUCCUUCACCUGGGCUUGGACAUGAUUGUCAGUUGUAACGCGGGUCUUGACUUUAGAGCUUUCGAUUUUAGAUCCUUGGUGUGAGGGGCACAAAACACUUCUUUUCCUUCCUUCCUUCCUUCUGUCCUUCCUUUCUUUCUUUCUUUCUUUCUUUCUUUCUUUCUUAUUUUCUUUCUUCCUUCCUUCCUUCCUUCCUUCCUUCCUUCCUUCCUGUGAACCAUUGGAAAUGUUCUUCAUACUUUGGUUGUCUUGUCCAGUCUCCCAGCUUGAAAGGUCCUGGUGAAAGUAUCCCGUUCUCCAGAGCAAUGCAGGAGGACUUUUAUAAAAGCAGGCUGCAUAAAGCAGACGACCCAGUGACAGCUGCUGGGUCCGUCUAGUAUAUGUGGUCAGCCGGGCCUCGUGGAAGGUGCUUUCCCAGCUGGCUUCUUUAGACUUGAAAGCCUGCCCUUGAAGUACUUGGUUUCAUUUAAACUUCUUUCCAAGUCAAGUUCUGUUAUUGUCUGGUGCUUGGUCACUGGUGAUGACACGGGCAGCUUAUUUUCCACUGAGGUAAACCUCUUGCUGGACGUUGUGUCACCACAGAGGGUGUGCGUGCACCUGCCUGCCUGGCCAGUCUGGCCUUGGCAUCCCAGCCCCGUAGCAGAGCCACUGGGCAGGCCAGGAGAGUCCCAGGGUGCGUCUGAGGACUUGACAGACACAUCUUGGCAGAAGUAGCUGAAAACCCACCAGACCCAUUCUGAUUCUGAACUGCCUUCCCCCUCAGUCCACUGGGCUUGAGUCUCCCUCAGACGCGGCCUUAGAAGAAAGCAAGGAAUGGAAAUUUGCCGUGGUGUGAAACAGGAAAUGGAAAAGUUGUUCCUGAACAGAAUCUUACAGACUUAGCCCAUCUGUGAUGAAAUGCGGGUAUCUGUAAAUCAGAGCUAAUUCCUGUGAUUCUUUACCUCGGCCACCAUUGUUUUCUGGGGAAGUGAGUCGGUAAGACUCAGAGCAGGAAAAAACAAGCUCAGGCUUUUUUUUGUUUGUUUGUUUGUUGUUGUUAUUUUUUAAUUUUAUUUUAUUUUUGGUCAUUUCCUGGGUUGCCUUUUUCCAGCUGAUAUUCUCCCCACAUAGAGUCAGGGGUUGGGUGGUGGUGCACCUGGUUGAGUGCACAGGUUACCAUGUGCAAGGACCCAGGUUCAAGUCCCUGCCCCCCACCUGCAGGGGGGGGUCUUUGAGAGUGGCGAAGCAGAGCUGCAGGGGUCUCUCUGUCUCUCUCCCUCUCUGUCUCUCCUUUCCUCUUGAUUUGUCUCUGUCUCUAUCCAAUAAAUGAAAGUAAAUUUAAAAAAAAGAAAGAGAGAGACACAUAUAGACACACAGCCACUAUAGUACCAAGCUUCCUUCAGUGAGGUGGGCUGGGCUUAACCCUAGAUGGCAUCCCCGGCAAAGCAGAGGUGCUGGCCAAGUGAGCUGUUUUGUCCAGUCAUCUGCUUUCCUUUUUUAAUCUUGAGCUACUCUUUGGUUUGUGGUAAAGUGCAUUUUCUCUUCUUGAACAUCAUCUCGAGGUUAUGUAUUUGGGUGAGGAAGAGAGCAUAAGGGCUGCGCAGAAUUCUCCCAUGUCUGAGGUUCCAAGUUACCAGGUUUAAUCCCCUGAACCAUUUACAAGCCAGAGAUGUGCAGUACUGUGUGCGUGGGGGGGGGGGGGGCAAACCCAAACAGAAGGCCAGUCUGUGCCACCUUCAGGAGUCAGGAGUGUCUGUGAGCCACGACCCAGCUCAUGGUUGUGCAAGUUCUCAGGCUCCAUCCACUGUGGUUUCUUCCUGGUGUGGCUUCUGACACUGUCAGGAGGGCGGUGAGGGCCCCCAGGCCCACUCUGAUGUGUUCGCUUCUGUUUGCAGAGCCGUGGAAACUGCCGGGCAGAGGCGGCACGUCCCACCCGGCCCGGGGCGAGGCCUCGCCGGCCAUGUCUCCCGCAGCAGCGUCUGCUGAGUGGGACGGCGCCCAGCAGGACCGGCGUGUCAGCAAGCUGGUUUUCUUCCUUUUCGUCUCUGGCGCUGCCCUGCUGUGUGCGGGAGUCCUGCUGUCCAUCUUCGGGUUCCAGGCGUGCCAGCCCGGGGCCCUGCCUCACUGCGGCACGCUGCUGAAGGUCGCCGGGCCCGCCUGUGCCGCGCUGGGGCUCGGGGCCGUGGUCCUGGCCCGCUCCCGGGCCCGGCUGCAGCGCCGGGAGAGGCGGCGCCGGGGUGGCCGGGUGGACCCCGACAGGGCCUUCGCAUGUGGGGAGAGCCGCCAGUUUGCCCAGUGCCUGGUCUUCGGGUUUCUCUUCUUGACAAGCGGCAUGCUGAUGAGCAUCCUGGGCAUCUGGGUGCCCGGCUGUAGCCCGGCCUGGGGGCAGGACCAGAACGACACAGACGCCGAGGGUUCGGAGCCUCGCAUCUGUGGGUUCCUGUCCCUGCAGAUCCUGGGGCCCUUGAUUGUGCUCGUGGGACUGUGCUUCUUCGUGGUCGCCCACGUUAAGAAAAGAAGCAGCUUGAAUGCGGGCCAGGAGGCCUAUGAGAGUGACGAGAGAGAGGCGCAGAACACCGAGCCCGUCCAGGUCACUGUAGGUGACUCUGUGGUGAUCUUCCCGCCGCCACCCCCACCUUACUUCCCCGAGGAGGCCUCAGCAGGGACUCCAAGUCCCGGGCCUGUGCACUUGCUUCCCAGUGAAGACCCGCCUUCAUAUCACAGCAUUUUCAACUAUGGCCGGACCGCAGCUCCCGAGGGCCCAGGCGCCACCCGUGAGAGAGACCAGGACUCCAUUUAUACUAUUACUGGGACUCCUUCAUUUUCUGACAGCUCCCAUGCUCCACGCCUCUCAGCUGAACCGCCUCCCCUCUACGAAGAGAAGGAAGCUGCCGGAACCACCUCACCUCUGCCGGCUGAGCCCGCCCUGCCGUGACCUCUGGACUUCAGGCCAAUUUUCUACGUGUGUGUGUGUGUGUGUGUG